AUGGACAUGGACUCGGCCUCGGAGCGGCUCAAUGGCAGAGGUCCCUGCACAAGACCCAAAUCCUCCAGGACACCAGAGUCCUUCAAGAGGCUGGGGAUCCUCGUCCUGGCCGUGGUGCUCACCCUCGCCUGCCUGGUCGCCAUCGGCUUCCUGGUGAAGAUUUACCUGGGCUACCACUACCUGUUCUGCAAGCAGCCCCUGAAGCUGGUGCCGCUCAAGCGGGUGUGUGACGGGCACCUGGACUGCCUGCAGGGCGAGGACGAGGCCAACUGUCCCCAGUGGGUCCCCGAGGGGCCACCAGCCGGGGCCCGUGUUUCCAAAGACAGAUCCAUCCUGCAGGUGCUCAACAGCCACACUGGAGCCUGGUCCUGUGUGUGCCACGACCUCUUCACCCCGGCACUGGCCAGAGCUGCCUGUGAGCAGAUGGGCUACAGCAGCACCCCAGCAUUCCAGGGGGUGGAGGCGAGCCAGGGGCAGCCGCUGCCUCCCCGCGAGGUCGCGCUGAGCAACGGGAGCCUCCAGGUGCUGGAGCCAGGCAGGAAAUGCCUCUCGGGGCUGGUUGUGUCGCUCUUUUGUUCCAACUGCGGGCAGAGCGUGAGGACGCCGCGGGUGCUGGGGGGCAGCCCGGCUGCCAUCGAGGCGUGGCCCUGGCAGGUCAGCCUGCAGUACAGGAAGGAGCACAUCUGCGGGGGCAGCAUCAUCGGGCCCGGCUGGGUGCUGACGGCCGCGCACUGCUUCAAGAACAACCCCAUCAUCCAGAGCUGGCGUGUCAAAGCCGGCUCCGACCUCCUGUCGGGCGCUGCCACCUUGGCCGUGGAGAAGGUGUUCCUGGCAGAGGUGACACCUGCGUCCCCCAAGGACAAUGACAUCGCCCUGGUGAAGCUGCACUCCCCCGUGCACGACUCAGACAGCACCAAGCCCAUCUGCCUGCCCUACUUUGAUGAGGAGCUGGUGCCGGGCACACCCCUGUGGGUGAUCGGCUGGGGCUACACGGAGGAGCACGGGAAGCUGUCAGAGCGCCUGCAGCAGGCCGAGGUGGAGCUCAUCGACAAGCAGAGCUGCAACCUGGCCGCCUACCACGGCGAUGUCACCGAGAGGAUGCUGUGUGCUGGCCUGCCCCAGGGCGGCGUGGACACCUGCCAGGGGGACAGCGGCGGGCCCCUGCUCUACUCGGGAGGACGCUGGCAGGUCGUGGGCAUCGUCAGCUGGGGCCAGGGCUGCGGCACCCCCAGCACGCCCGGCGUCUACACCAGUGUCCGUGCCUACCUGGACUGGAUCUCCACCGUGCGCAGGCCCUGCUUCCCCCUGCGCCACUCCACCUGCACGGCCAGCUCUGAGCUGAGCAUCCCUGCCCGGAAACACCUCCUGGAUGCAGCAGGAGGCUGCCAGUCAUCUCAGCUCAGCACCCAGCGUGCCACCCCACCCUCCGGGUACCCAGCACCCAGCCCCGGCACCCACCGGCCCUGCCCUGCCCUGCCCUGCCCUGCCUGUGCUCAGAGCGGAGCCGGCGGCUCCCUGCGCCCCAGCAGCCUCCCAGCCCGAGUCCGCGAGAAGCUCCCAGUCCCCCCGGCAGCCGCAGCCCUGUCCGAGAAGCAGUGCAGGUUGCAGGCACGUGUGUAA